AUGCUCUCUACUGGCCUUCUCAACGCAAGCCGGGCUGCUACGCAGCAGACCGGCACAUCAUGGGCCACCACGGCAUUGAAGCAACGUCGUUUCCUGUCGCAAACGAUUCCUGCCCUAGCUGAGAACAUCCAGAAGCUCAAUAGAGUGUCCUCGUUUAUCACCCAGCCGAAAUCCCAAGGUGCAUCCCAGGCCAUGCUUUACGGCGUUGGUUUGACUGAAGAGGACAUGAACAAGGCCCAAGUUGGCAUCUCGUCCGUCUGGUACGAGGGAAACCCAUGCAACAUGCACCUCAUGGACCUGUCGAAUGUUGUCAAAAAGUCGGUUGCGAAUUCCGGCCUUGUCCCUCUAAGGUUCAAUACCAUUGGUGUAUCCGAUGGCAUUAGCAUGGGCACGACAGGAAUGCGCUAUUCCCUGCAGAGUCGUGAGAUUAUCGCCGACAGUAUUGAGACUGUCAUGAACGGCCAGUGGUACGACGCGAAUAUCUCUCUCCCGGGAUGUGACAAGAACAUGCCGGGCGUCCUUAUCGCCAUGGGACGUGUGAACCGUCCGAGUAUUAUGGUGUAUGGUGGUACUAUCAAACCUGGUUGUGGCAAAGGUGGCCAGUCCCUUGACAUCGUCAGCGCUUUCCAGGCCUAUGGACAAUAUAUCUCUGGCUCUAUCAGCGAGGAGGAGCGCUUCGAUAUUAUUCGCAAUGCUUGCCCUGGUGGAGGGGCGUGUGGCGGCAUGUACACGGCCAACACCAUGGCUAGCGCCAUCGAGACUCUAGGUAUGACGCUGCCGGGAAGUAGCAGCUACCCUGCUGAGCAUCCGAUGAAGGUCGCCGAAUGUGAAUCUAUUGGCGACGCGAUCCGUAACCUCUUGAAGGAGGACAUUCGACCCCGCGAUAUCAUGACUCGGCAGGCGUUUGAGGACGCCAUGGUCCUUGUUACAAUUCUCGGCGGUAGCACGAACGCCGUUCUGCACCUGAUCGCAAUCGCCGACUCCGUGGGAAUUAAGCUCACUAUUGACGAUUUCCAGGCAGUCUCGGAUCGUACCCCCUUCCUAGCGGACCUCAAGCCGUCCGGAAAAUAUGUCUUCGAAGACUUGUUUAACAUUGGUGGAACACCUGCUCUUCUCAAAUUUCUUGUCAAGGAAGGGAUAAUUGAUGGCAGGGGGAUUACAGUAACGGGCAAGACACUGAAGGAGAAUAUUGCUUCGUUUCCCGACUUCCCUGACGACCAGCCCAUCAUCCGGCCUUUGAGUAGUCCCAUCAAACCAACCGGGCAUCUUCAGAUUCUUCGUGGUUCGUUGGCGCCGGGAGGGUCGGUCGGUAAGAUCACGGGCAAGGAAGGUCUUAGGUUUGAAGGGGCAGCCAAGUGCUAUGACGCCGAAGAUGAUUUUAUUGCUGCACUUGAACGGGGUGAUAUCAAGGUUGGUGAAAAAACUGUUGUUAUCAUCCGCUACGAGGGCCCAAAAGGUGGACCAGGCAUGCCAGAAAUGCUCAAACCAAGCUCUGCUAUCAUGGGCGCGGGACUCGGCAACGAUGUUGCAUUGCUUACUGAUGGUCGCUUUUCGGGCGGUAGCCACGGCUUUUUGAUCGGCCACAUCGUUCCCGAGGCUAUGGAAGGUGGCCCGAUUGGCCUCGUUAGGGACGGCGACCGUAUUGUGAUUGACGCGACCGAAAGAGUUGUUGAUCUUGAAGUAUCGGAAGAGGAGCUCGAAAAAAAGACGGAAGGAGUGGAAGGCGCCGCCGAUGCGGGCAGUUAA